GUCAGCAGAAAGGAUCAUUAGCCACAAUCUCCUUAAUCUCGAUUUUUAGAACCAUUAGCAUUGGGCUUUCCAAAUUCAUGACAACUCUGUAACCAUAAGUAUCAAUACCUAGUCAUUUUCAGGAAGUGCGGUAACACUUCGGAAGCAGCUCGAUGUGCUGAUGGGUGCGUACCGUAAUGGUGACGUAAGGGAGGCGAAUCGGAAGUACUGAGAUCGUGAUGUGUGUCGCCUCUACUUGUUCGGCCUUUGUCCUCACGAGUUCUUCCAAUUAACGAAAAUGGAUAUAGGGCCAUGUCCGAAGGUCCACCCUUUGCAGCUGAGGAGAGAAUAUGAAGAAGCUAAGGCAAAAGGCAUCGAUAAUUAUGACAGAGAGUUCGCAGAUGCUAUUGACAGGCUCAUUGUUGAGUGUGAUAGGAAAUUUUGUAGAGCUCUCAAGUGUCUUGAAGAUGAGGAUCCAAAGGCCACUAUUGCUAUAUUAGUCUCUGAAGUUAUUCAGAAAUCAGAAGUACUAGAGCUUUCAAAGCAGAAUAAGGAGAAAUUGAAAGAAGCUGAUCAAUAUGGUAAGGUAACAUUGGAAGCAUUUGGCUUAUCAACACUGCUUUUGGAUGCAUUCAAUAAAGAUCGGACAUCUUUGCCCCAACCAUUGCCAAACCCUCCAUCUUUGGCACCACUGCCUUUGCCUGCACCUGAUCCUCGGACCCAGGAAAUGAUAAAUGAGAAGCUGAAGAAAGCUGAGGAUCUUGGUGAGAAGGGGAUGGUAGACAAGGCACAAAAAACAUUAGAGGGGGCUGAAGCACUCAAGAAAAUUUCAAUUUCUGAAUUUAGUAGUGUUAUUUCACUCUAUACCAGACAAGAGCCUGUUUUGGAUUCCUCUAAUAAGUAUAUUGCUGCAGAUGUUCGCAUUACUUAUCAAAAGCUACAUGUUUCUGGUAUUUGUGGAGCACUUUUGAGUGUUUAUGACAGGCUUCUGGGCCCAGUUUUACGAGGAUAACUUUUGCAGCUACAUAAUGUGCGUCUUUUUCUGUUUUUUUCCUUGUAGAUCAUGCAAUUGUUAGAUGGUAAAUAUUUGGGAAACUGUAUAAUCUAUAAUGCAUACUACUGCAGUUUAUAUAUUUUUCUCUUUUUUUAAGUUUCUAGGUCAAAGUGAUUUGAUUUUUCUUGUUUCUUUCAGUGACCAACGUUUAGCAGAUCAUUUUGGAGGCAAACUUCAUUUAGGCUAUAUGCAAAUCUGUGAUAAAUUAGCAGAACUUCAGGUAAGAUGAUUUACAUGCUUGGUAUAUGCUGACUGGCUAUGGUGGCUCUGCUUUAAGUGUUACAUUAUAGUGCCUGGCAUCCAAGAUAUUGGUUGUAUAAAUUGCCUGAACUAUCCACUUACUAUGUCUAUUAUUAUUAUUUUUUUAAAUAAUCAAAACUUUGUUUGAAUGCAGUUACCCAAUGGAUUCUAGUAAGACAGCAAAUUAAUACAUCUUUUCCAGAUCCCCUUAAGUUUGUAUUGUGAAUAUGUUGGACAGGUGCUGGUAUAAUGUUUCUUAUUCUUCUAUAUAGAUUCUCAGUUAGUAUCAUCUGUGAGUUUUUCUGACCUCAGAGAAGAAUAAUAUCUCCCAUUUUUC